AACAAGAUGGCCAUGUCGUCCGUAAUCAGCCCCAACCCGGCACCGCCGGAGCCUCCCAAGAUGUCCAUGACUUCCAAGGAGUGGGUGAUCCCACCGAGGCCCAAGCCCGGUAGGAAGCCCGCCACCGACACACCACCCACCAAGCGCAAGGCCCAAAACCGCGCAGCCCAGAGGGCCUUCCGGGAGAGGAGAGCCGCCCGAGUUGGCGAGCUCGAGGAGCAGCUUGACCAGCAGCGUGAGGCUCAAGAGAAGCAUGAGACUGAGCUCAAGGACAAGAUUCACGAACUCGAGCUUGAUGUCCAGUCCUUCCGGUCCCGAUGCAUGCUACUCGAGAACAUGCUCGAUCGGGAAAGACAGGACCGCAUCCGGGUUGAAACCGAGGCCGAAACCCUCAAGCGACGUCUAGAUGAAGGCGUCUUCAGCUCGGGUUACCAGUCACGAAGCAUGAGCACUUCUCACCCGUUUGAUGGACUUCAAAGUCCAACUAGUCAGCCGCAGAGGCACAGUCUUCCCGAUGGCCGCCCGGACCGGCAGUCGGGUCAUUCCUUUUCCAUCUCCCAGAUAAUCUCUCCCCCAGAGACCCUCGAUAUCAACGCAUCAAAUGAUGAUGCCGCCAUCACCUGCGGGAAUUGUUCCCCAAACGGGCGGUGUGCCUGUGCCGAAGAGGUGAUGAAGACCGCCGCCAACGGUUGCAGCAAGUGCGGUCUGACAUCCAGCUGCCAGUGCCUCGGCGAGGUGGCUGACGCCCUCAACCGAUCUCAGGACCUUAAGCGUCCGGCCUCGCCGUCUGGAGACAUUUCCGGCGAGAAGAGGCACCGCUCCAGCCAUGAUGAGGCUGAGACAGACUUUACCGCCAUGUACUCUCGCAAGGCCACCAACGUCACCCAAGACACUUACACUGCUCCCUCCCAAGUUCCUUCACUAGACACCAUGCCGUUCAGAGACGGCUGUGGGUUUUGUAAGGACGGAACCUACUGUGUCUGCGCAGACACCUCACUGGCGACCCCUGCCAUGACUCCAAAUGAUACCCUACCUCCCAUCUCCCAGCAGGUCCAGACACCUCCCCCGUCAGAGACCGAUGUUGUUCCUCCUACACUAGCCAUGGAGAUGACGGCCGAUGGUGCCGUCAAGCUCCCUCGCCGGACACAGACUCAGAACCAAUCAUCUGAACGACGAGGCUGUGGUCCUAACGGACCUGGUACCUGUGCCCAGUGCCAGGCUGAUCCCAAGUCUGGUCUCUUCUGCCGCCUGAUGGCCGCCAACUUCAACCGUAAGGAUGGUAGCAGCUCUGGAGGCUGCUGUGGUGGCAAGGGAGCUGGUGGCGGUUGCUGCAAGUCCCAACAACCCAAGCCAGAAAAGAUCUCUCUCCCCAGUCUACCCAGCCUGGGACUCAGCUGUGCCGAGGCAUAUCAGACACUAUCAAGUCACCGCAACUUUUCCAAGGCGGCAGAUGAUAUUGGUUCUUGGCUGCCAAAGCUCAAGGCUACUCCUCGUGCCGGAGCCCGUCCAGCACCUCAAGGGACGAUGAUGCCCAUCGAGGUUGAGGCAGCAAGCAUCAUGAGCGUGCUGAAGGAUUUUGAUAUUCGGUUUGGGAGAGGA